UGGCCCGCGGCCGGCCCGGCCCUGGCGCGCAGCCUGCACUUCACGCUCCACGGGAAGAGGAACGCCUCCGCCAAGGUCUCCGAUGCGAUUUCUACCCAGUAUCCUGUAGUGGACCAUGAAUUUGAUGCAGUUGUUGUGGGUGCAGGAGGAGCGGGGCUGCGGGCUGCUUUUGGUUUGUCAGAAGCUGGAUUUAAUACAGCAUGUGUCACAAAGCUGUUUCCCACCAGAUCUCAUACUGUUGCUGCACAGGGCGGGAUCAAUGCUGCUCUGGGAAACAUGGAGGACGAUAACUGGAGGUGGCACUUCUACGACACGGUGAAGGGCUCUGACUGGCUGGGCGACCAGGACGCCAUACACUACAUGACGGAGCAAGCCCCGGCUGCGGUGAUAGAGCUGGAAAACUACGGGAUGCCCUUCAGCAGGUCCGAGGAAGGAAAGAUCUAUCAGCGUGCGUUCGGGGGACAGAGUCUUCAGUUUGGCAAAGGAGGACAGGCUCACAGGUGUUGUUGCGUUGCAGACAGGACAGGACACUCCCUGUUACACACUCUGUAUGGCAGGUCUCUAAGAUACGACACAAGCUACUUUGUAGAGUAUUUUGCCUUGGACCUGCUUAUGGAGAAUGGUGAAUGUCGUGGUGUUAUUGCCCUGUGCAUAGAAGAUGGCACUAUACACCGUUUCAGAGCAAAGAACACUGUCAUUGCCACUGGUGGGUACGGCCGCACUUACUUCAGCUGUACAUCUGCUCAUACAAGUACUGGUGAUGGCACUGCUAUGGUCACACGAGCUGGGCUUCCUUGCCAGGACUUAGAAUUUGUACAGUUUCACCCUACAGGUAUCUAUGGAGCCGGCUGCCUUAUAACGGAAGGAUGUCGUGGGGAGGGAGGUAUCCUAAUUAACAGCCAGGGUGAAAGAUUCAUGGAGAGAUACGCGCCUGUUGCCAAGGAUCUGGCUUCCAGGGACGUGGUGUCUCGAUCUAUGACCAUAGAGAUCCGUGAAGGAAGGGGUUGUGGUCCUGAAAAAGACCAUGUGUACUUGCAAUUGCACCACCUGCCACCACAGCAGCUGGCAACCCGUCUGCCGGGAAUCUCGGAGACAGCAAUGAUAUUUGCUGGAGUGGAUGUCACUAAGGAGCCUAUUCCCGUUCUGCCUACAGUGCAUUACAAUAUGGGAGGUAUUCCUACUAACUACAAAGGACAGGUGAUCACACACGUGAAUGGAGAGGAUAAAGUGGUUCCUGGAUUAUAUGCUUGUGGAGAAGCAGCCUCUGCAUCUGUCCAUGGCGCAAAUCGGCUCGGGGCAAACUCGCUCCUGGAUCUGGUGGUCUUUGGUCGCGCCUGUGCCCUUACGAUUGCAGAGACCUGCAAGCCUGGAGAGCCAAUUCCCUCCAUUAAACCAAAUGCUGGUGAAGAGUCAGUUGCUAAUCUUGACAAGUUAAGAUUUGCUAAUGGAACCAUAAGAACUUCAGAAGUGCGACUUAACAUGCAGAAGGCAAUGCAAAACCACGCAGCUGUGUUUCGUACUGGCUCUGUCCUCCAAGAAGGCUGUGAGAAACUUAGCCAAAUUUAUAGUGAUCUGGCUCAUCUAAAGACAUUUGACAGAGGUAUUGUGUGGAACACUGACUUGGUGGAGACCCUCGAGCUGCAGAACCUGAUGCUUUGUGCUCUGCAAACCAUUUAUGGUGCUGAGGCCCGCAAGGAGUCCCGAGGUGCUCAUGCCAGAGAGGACUAUAAGUUACGGAUAGACGAGUUUGACUAUUCUAAGCCGCUCCAGGGCCAGCAGCGGAAGCCGUUUGAAGAGCACUGGAGGAAGCACACCCUUUCCUAUGUGGAUAUCCCAUCUGGGAAGGUUACCUUGAAAUACAGACCUGUGAUUGACAGAACGUUGAACGAAGAAGACUGCUCAAGUGUGCCACCUGCUAUUCGCUCCUACUAGUCCUUAG